AUGCGCAGAUUACUUGCAGGCCUUCUUUUUUCACCCGCACGUUCCUUGAAUCCAAGAUUAUCAUUACUCAUGCCACCAUCGUUGCCCUCUUCCGCCGGUAAGAAGCCAAAACAAGCCACUUUGGCUAGAUUCUUCAGUUCCAUGAAGAAUGAGCCAUCGGGGAGCUCAUCCUCUCCUGAGAAAGCUCCCAAACACAAGCUAGAAAAUAAUAUAGAUAAUAAUAGUAGUGAAGGAGCAGACGCUACUAAGAAACUAAAACAAGUGUCUACCGUGCAGACAUUGGUGGCUCCAUCCACUAUGGGUAGCAGCCCUUUUUCUUUACCUUCAUCUGCUCCCUCCUCCAGUGGUGUCGAUGUGUCGCAAGAAUCUCGCGAGUUCACACCCCAGGUUGAAAAGGAACCGAGUUCAAAUGAUAAUGACCAUUAUUCAUCUAAUAUCCCCUACUCUGAAGUUUGUGAAGUUUUCAACAAGAUCGAAGCCAUAUCUUCUCGUUUGGAGAUUAUCAGAAUUUGUUCUGAUUUUUUUAUAAAGAUAAUGAACCAAUCCUCCAAGAAUUUAAUACCUACCACGUACCUUUUCAUCAAUAGAUUGGGUCCGGAUUACGAAGCCGGUCUAGAAUUGGGUCUUGGUGAAAAUCUACUGAUGAAAACAAUCAGUGAAUCUUGUGGAAAAUCGAUGAGUCAGAUUAAACUCAAAUACAAGGAAAUGGGGGAUUUAGGUGAAAUAGCAAUGGGUGCGAGAAAUGUUCAACCUACUAUGUUCAAGCCUAAAGCUUUAACUGUAGGUGAGGUCUUCAAAAACCUUAGAACUAUUGCAAAAACUCAAGGUAAAGAUUCGCAAUUGAGAAAAAUGAAGCUGAUCAAGAGAAUGCUCACUGCGUGCCAGGGUGUGGAAGCUAAAUUUUUGAUCAGAUCCUUGGAGUCAAAGUUGAGAAUUGGUCUUGCUGAGAAAACGGUUCUGAUAUCUCUAUCCAAGGCCCUUUUGCUUCAUGAUGAAAAUAAAGAAAACUCACCUGACAAGGAAAUUCCUAUGGACGUCCUGGAAAGCGCGCAACAAAGGAUCAGAGACGCAUUCUGUCAAGUACCGAAUUAUGAGAUUGUCAUAAAUUCAUGCUUGAACCACGGCAUCAUGAAUCUGGAUAAGUAUUGUACUCUGAGACCGGGAAUUCCGUUAAAACCCAUGUUGGCCAAACCCACUAAGGCAAUAAAUGAAGUUUUAGAUAGAUUUCAAGGUGAAACUUUCACGUCUGAAUAUAAAUACGACGGAGAAAGAGCUCAAGUUCAUUUGCUGAAUGACGGCACGAUGAGGAUUUAUUCCAGAAAUGGCGAGAACAUGACAGAAAGAUAUCCAGAAAUCAAAAUCACAGAUUUUAUUCAAGACUUAAAUAGUACAAAAAAUCUAAUUCUGGACUGUGAGGCUGUGGCUUGGGACAAAGAACAAAAAAAAAUUCUACCCUUCCAAAUUCUUAGCACAAGAAAACGUAAAGAUGUGGAAUUGCAUGAUGUUAAGGUGAAAGUUUGUCUCUUUGCAUUUGACAUACUCUGUUACAACGACGAAAGACUGAUUAAUAAGUCAUUACGAGAAAGAAGAGAACAUUUGGCAAAGGUUACAAAAGUUGUUCCAGGAGAAUUCCAAUAUGCCACUCAGAUCAUAACAAAUAAUCUUGAUGAACUGCAAAAAUUUCUUGAUGAAUCCGUUAAUAACUCUUGUGAAGGUCUAAUGGUCAAAAUGCUGGAUGGCCCUGAAUCCCACUAUGAACCAAGUAAAAGAUCACGAAACUGGUUGAAGUUGAAAAAGGACUACUUGGAAGGAGUUGGAGAUUCAUUGGACCUUUGCGUAUUGGGGGCAUAUUAUGGUAGAGGUAAAAGGACAGGCACAUAUGGUGGAUUCCUUUUAGGCUGUUACAACCAAGACACAGGAGAAUUUGAGACAUGUUGCAAAAUAGGGACAGGGUUCUCUGAUGAAAUGUUGCAGUUGUUGCACGAAAGGUUAACCCCAACAAUAAUUGACGGACCAAAGGCCACGUUCGUUUUUGAUGCAAGUGCUGAGCCAGACGUAUGGUUUGAACCUACGACUUUGUUUGAAGUUUUGACUGCGGACCUUUCCCUGUCACCCAUUUAUAAGGCCGGUAGUGCAACUUUUGAUAAAGGUGUAUCUUUACGGUUCCCAAGAUUUUUGCGCAUAAGAGAGGAUAAAGGUGUCGAAGAUGCGACUUCUUCAGAUCAAAUUAUUGAAUUGUAUGAAAAUCAAUCUCAUGUACAAAAUUAG